AGGCCGGAACUGCAUUAGGAUGUCAAUAUUUCAUGCACUGCAUGCAUCGGUUCAUUCAUUCAAUCUCGGCCCUGGAACCGGAACCGGAAUCUUGGCAUCUCGGUUCGUUGAUCAUUCGACGUCACAGUCCGACCCCGUUGCUCAUGCAUGGGCAGUAAUGUCAGUGCACACUAGCUACCGAGGUGAUUUGGAACUGCUGCAAUUUUCAAGCUGUCUUUAAGUCUGCUUGCUUAGAUACCGUAUGCUGAUGCUGAGUGUGCUGAGCUUGAUCAGCCCCGCUUAAGCGUUCCUUGUAAAAAGCUGCAGGCUGCGUGCAAUCAGAUCACAAGAUCACAACUUCCUGCAUGGCGAAGCUUCAGCACCCCUUCAAGCUAGUGUACAGCUACGUUCUGCCAUUCUGCCGGCGCGCCCCUUGCGAGGUCUACUGAUUGAGGACCUGCUUUAUGUUGAGCUGGUGGGUCAACUUUCUCAAAGCCUAGUCAGGCAAGUCUGGUCACCCGCCAUGGCAGUUACGAGCUCCAUCACCCGCACGGCCCUUGGGGUUGCGCUGCUCUGCAUUCUGCUGCAGUCUGCUGCGGCGGCCCGCACGACUCCUGAUCUAGUCUCAGAUGCACCAGAAAGCGAAGUGGCAACAGAGACUCCGUCCUCCGCCUUCCACUUCGUUUACGGCCUCCUCCAGCAAUACCUCCCGGCAGUAAACGCCCCCCUGGUUCAUGCCAACUCGGUUUUUGUGGCAAACGGUAGAUUUCUCAGCGGUGACGCAGGUGUAGGUUUCGUCAUCAACUUCUUCGCCCAGGAUACAGGCUACAAAGGAACGCAGGAGAUCAACUAGUUGUCCUUCAGUAAGGGCGACUUUGGACGGCAGUUCUGCUCUCAAGAUGGCGUAUGGUGCGUGACGGUCAGGAACUUCUUCGUCGGCCAGGGCUCAGCGACCAUGCAGUUUCGUUUUGGUAACCGCAAUUCCAGGUGGGAAACUCUAACCGCCCAAGGAAAGCCGAAGUGCACGAGUGUUACUAAGAAGGCCACGCUUUGUUCAGGUCAAUUCGCCGAUCAUGGGUUUAACUUCUGAGCUGGAAGGCGUUUUUCAAAGCUGCCAGGAGGUGUCCUACUCAUAGCUUUUGAGCUUCAUAUAUACACCGUGCUAGUUCUGUGAGUCGGUUUGAAAUGAAUCAUAGUAGUCUCCUCUGUAUGUCAAGGGUGAUAAGUUCCUCUUUUGGUUACAAUUAUGGCCAAGAUCGACGGCCGACUUCCUGCACGGAGGAAAGACGAAGGUUGUGGACCCGCUGUGGAACAUUUGGAAAAAUACGUACUUCCGCUUGUAUAGGUUUCAUUUCUUUCGGUUCUGCUAUCCAUAUAGAGACCCUCUUUACUUCAAUCAUCAAGCAGCACAUUCUAGCGGCUCUAAUACAUAUAUGCACUAAUUGCUAAACAUGAGCGCAAACUUCAUGCAAUCCAACGCACGCGUAGUAAAUUAUCAAUUGACCAACGAUGCGAAUAUGUAUGGCAC